GCAGUAGAUAAGAGCAAAAGUCACAAAACAUGAGCUGAAAUGCUCAUCCCGUUUUUCCAGCAGGCAGCAGCAGAAAACAUCCCUUUCCCGGAGAUUGAACCGUUGGAUCGUCGUGAUUUUUGGACAGCAGCUUCACAGCAUCUGAGCCAACAUUCUGGACGGUGGAGAUCGGGUUUUGAGGUCAGGAGGUCGGGUUUCGUUGGUCUGGACAGUAGCUAUUUUUCUGGUGAUAUUUUUCUUAUCUUGGCUCUAUUUGAUUCCAUACACCUUGAUGUGCUUACUUCCAAGGAUAUGAUGAAUGUGUAUGCCUCUAGUAUUAUCUAGAGAAGACUUUGUACUGCUCCUUUGAUGAUGAUAGUGGAUUUAAGCGGCCAAAAUGGUCCCGUGGUUUUUCCCUAGUUAACGGGUUUUCCACGCUAAAAUUCCGGUGUUUGUGUGUGGUGUGUGCUUACUGUUUUUAGCUGAAUAUAUUGGUGUGUGGCAGCAACUUGUGUGUGUUCUAAUUGCAUUAAGAACACCCUAUUUGUUUGCAUCCUCAAAGAUUCAUUCAAGUUGGGGAAAGUUUAGCCAAACGGAGAUUAAUUCCGCAUUUUAUUAGUUCCGUUUGUGGCUGUUUUUCCCAUCACGAAAGUAGCGUAUAUAGAAUAUCGAUGUAAAUUUACAAGAAAGAGUAGGAAGCAAAACCUGGUCUUUUUUGUUCGGAUGAAUAAUGAAGCCAUAAACACAAUAGAAUUCAAUUGGUGGUAGAAUAUUAAGCAAACCUCCAAACUCGGUUUUUGACCAUUUUUGGGUUUUCACUUAACCAGACCAGGUUUUGGUCCGAAUCACCAGGUUCCAUGUAAGUUUUUUAAGCAUAGGUAUUUAGUAAAAAAUUGAUUGAUAAGAUUAAGAAAUCGAAAAUUUAAGUAAAAGGUUGAAAAAUAAUUUCUGACUAUUUGCAAACACUCUCUAAUUUCGUUUUAUGUACUUUGUUGAUUGCAAUUCAUUCGACUUCUCAUGAUUAGCUAAUUGUUUCACUUUACUCAUAUUAGACUAUUCAACUAUUCACAUUUGAAUUUUUCAGUUUUUUUUUUUGGCAUUUUUCGUUAAUUUCGUUCUUCAACUUUUUUAUCAAUAGAUUUCAGAUCUGAAUAGGAAAUUCCAAGGGUUUUUUUUAUUUAAAACAAAAUUGUUUUGUGCCCAUACACAUCAUAAUCUUAGGACGUUUUGUAAUGGUGCUCAUUAUCUGAAUGUUCAAUCUUAAACCAAACAUGGGUUCAUAAUAUCCUGGAGCAUAAAAGAUCAAAUGCAAUUUGAUCUAUCUUGGUUGUUGUGUGAAAUGUUGUUUCUGAAUUCAUUCGUUAUUUGGUUUAUUGAUCAAAUAUAGUCUCUUAUGGUCGACACUAGUAUGUCAAGUUUCUUGGCUCCUGUGACCAUUUUUUUUAGAGAACUUUCCCCUUUGACAUUGGAUAUCAACUUCCCUUAUACAUGAAAACCCCUAGAUAUUUUCUAGAAACGGGUGGAUAUUAGGUUUCACCUUAUAGGUCAACAUAAUAGGAGAAAUAACUCGUGAUCUUAAUAUAACAUUUUUUUAUACUCUACCGGUGUAGGACUUCAAUACCCCUAAUCACGAGUCACGAUCUAACAUUUUGUCUAAAUGAUACAAUUAUUAAAAAAUGACAAUGAUGAACCAAUGUAAUUUUAACUUUAUUUAAAAAUAAAUAUUUAAUUAUUAAGUUGACACAAAUGUUAACAUGUCAAGUACUAACAAUAAUCCUAUCCUAUAUACCUAAUGGGAGAAUCCCUCCCCAAAUCUUUUCCUGCUUCUUUCACCAGAUUUACUCCGUAUUUACUACCUUUUUCCGUUCUUCUCCGAUUACUCCCCAACAACCAGGCUUGAGGUACACAUUUUUGUACACACACUUACACACUCGUAUCUGUGGAGUGUUUUGUUUUGUCUGUAUACAGACACAACUUAUUUCACAGACACUUCAAAUGUGUUGUGUCUGUAUACAGACAAAAAAACACUUCACAGACAUAAUUGUGGAAGUGUGUACAAAAAAUGUGUAACAAUAGUUUUUUGAAGUAUACACCAACCAAAGGACAUAACUCUGCAAUUAUCCUUUGCAAUGAACGAUUCCUUCCGUUUUUUUGCAGCCAGCCACAAUUCAACAGACUUAACUCAGUAAUUUUCCUUUGCAAUCAACGAUUCCUCCCAUCUUUCUUUCUACAUCCAGCGCAGUGGACUCCAUCGUGCUUUGGCAAAUUGGUCUUCAAAAGGUAUUUCAGUUUCAGUUUCUCUUCCGCUCUAUCCCACAUCUGGAUUUUAACCUUAUAAUCAGCAAACCCUUCUCUCAUCUGCGCUUUUCCUCCCGAUAAAAGCUUCAGCUUGAAUAACAGGAGCAUGACGACCCAAUUGUGAUUAGGAGAGUCAAUCUCAUGUAUCAACUCCUUGGAUGAGGAUGAAGAAAUUUAGCAUGGAGCUCUUCCCAUUUUACAAGGUUUUUGAGUGUGGUUCUCUUGUAAAGCCCUGGCCUUUGCAAAUCGGAGGAUCUAAUACACAACCAGCAGGUAAUCAACGACUUAAGAGCAGUCUAGUAGAAAUCUCAGUGACUACUCCUGCCACACCGUAUAAGAAAUCAUUUUGUGAAUGGCUAGCUGGAAUUAUUGAUGGCAGUGGAAGUCUUCAGGUGCUUAAGAAAGGAAAAACAUCUCUUGAAAUUACUAUGGGACUUGAAGAUGUAGCACUACUACGACAUGUCCAACAUACGCUUGGUGGAAGUAUUAAAAUGCGGUCCGGUGCUAAAUCUUAUCGCUAUAGAUUAAUUCAUCACCUUGGCAUGAUUAAAUUAAUGAAUUGUAUUAAUGGCCAUAUUCGUAAAUCUGCACGACUAGCACAGCUGCAUCGUAUCUGUCAAGAGCAUGAGAUUCCUGUAAUUGUGCCCAUCACAUUAGAUGCUCAAUCAAAUUGGUUUGGAGGAUUCUUUGAUACUAAUGGUAGCAUUGACAUUAUUAUGAAGAAUGAGUUGCCCCAGCUCAGUAUUCGAGUAACUAGCAAACUGCUGCAAGACGUGGAGCCUUACAAGGCCAUUUUUGGUGGAGAUGUGUACUUUGAUAGUGGUCGAAAUGGUUUCUAUGAAUGGUCUGUGCAGAGUCCUGAAGACGUUUUAUCAUUUUUUGGUUACUUCAAAACAAGUACUUUGAGAAGUCAGAAAUCAAGACGAUUCUUUCUAAUAGAUGAAUAUUAUCAUCUCUAUGAUAUCAAAGCAUUUGAACCUUCCAGUAUGAACCAUAAGGCAUGGUUAGCUUUCCUAAAGAAAUGGAACAACUUGGGUGAGUAGCUCAUUUUUGUUUUUAUUAAUAAUUUAUUGUAUUGCUUGGUAUUGCUCUGGAGCCAAUUUUCUGGCAGCUAGGUAGAGUUACUGGGAAAAUAGAUUGGAGAAUGUGAUUACUAAUAUAAGCUUCUCUAUUAAUCAAUCUGCUCUUUCUUUAAAGUGGCUUUGGUGAGUAUAAAGGCUCAGAUUGACAUUGUGACUGCAGUGUUCUAGGUUUUGAUAAUGAGAUUGUUCUUUACACUGAAGAGUUUAUUGGACUUUUGAGGAGUGAUUCUGUAUAUGAUUUCUGUGAUGCUAUUUCACGGAUACAUGCAAGCAGUGUCAAGUACAUAUGCAGGUUAUAAUCUGGGAAUAUGUGACAUCCGAAUUGAGAGCAUUAAACCUUACUGUGUUUGUGUUGGCAAUAUCCUGAAGUCUGCUCUCAAUUGAUCUACUCCUCAAGCAUCUGGAAUGUCCUGUUUGCUUGAAAACGGUAGUACAAAACAAUAAAUGCUACGCCGUAUUGCACAAUAAAUCAAGUCUGAAAAAGCAAUAAAUCAAGUCUAAAGUGCGUUCUCCAAGACCAUUCCUCGAGCCACGCAGUCUGAAUCAUUGGACCACAGAUCAGUCAGAUCUUGCACAUAUCCUUACACCCAUAUUAGAACCGACCCGACCCGAAUUUAGGAUUUUUUUUGGGCGGGAACACUGUACUAAUUUCAUCUUCCUUUUGUAUAAUAGAAGAUACUCCCUCCGUCCCAUUUAUAUUGUCCCGUUUUACCUUUUCGGAAAGUCUCACUUAAAUUGUCUCAUACCAUAUUUGGCAAAGUUUGUGUGGCUCUAAAUCAUUCUUACUUUAUUCUUACUUUAUCAAUUAAUAUAAACCACACAAACCCACUUUUCUUAAUAACCGUGUCACCCUCUUCCCUCCCAAUAUAAAUGGGACGGAGGUAGUAGCUGUUAUAAGAUGGCAACGUAAUUGAAUUUACUUCUUGGUUGAUUUUCCUAGGGAGCUUGCGGUGUUUGAUUUGCAGUUUUACAAGAGGGCAGGCCAAACACUAUUUCUGCAAUGGAAGGCUAUUUUGCUUAUCUGCUGUUUAUGAUAACUGUAAAUUUUGGGAACUUUGGGUCAGAAACAUUGGAAUAUGCCAGAAAGAGUUGCUUUUGUCAUCGUGUUCUUGGGUUGGGGAUAUCUCUGGGUCGUACAUAUAUCAGCUCAUAUCUUAUGUGUUGGGCUGAGUUGGACAUUGUCG